CAGGAAGGAACACAAUGUACCAAAUGUAAAAAUAACUGGGCACUGAAGUUUUCUAUCAUAUUAUUAUAUAUUUUGUGUGCCUUGCUAACCAUCACAGUAGCCAUUUUGGGAUAUAAAGUUGUAGAGAAAAUGGAGAAUGUCACAGGUGGCAUGGAGACAUCUCGCCAAACCUAUGAUGACAAGCUCACAGCAGUGGAAAGUGACCUGAAAAAAUUAGGGGACCAAACUGGGAAGAAAGCUAUAAGCACCAACUCAGAGCUUUCCACCUUCAGAUCAGAUAUUCUGGAUCUUCGACAACAACUUCGCGAGAUUACAGAAAAAACCAGCAAGAACAAAGAUACGCUGGAGAAGUUGCAGGCAAAUGGGGAUGCACUGGUGGACAGGCAGAGUCAACUGAAAGAAACUUUGGAGAAUAAUUCUUUCCUCAUCACCACUGUAAACAAAACCCUCCAGGCAUACAACGGCUAUGUCACAAAUCUGCAGCAAGACACCAGCGUGCUCCAGGGCAACCUACAGAGCCAGCUGUAUUCCCACAACGUGGUCGUUAUGAACCUCAACAACCUGAACCUGACCCAGGUGCAGCAGAGGAACCUCAUCACCAAUCUGCAGCGGUCAGUGGAUGACACAAGCCAGGCUAUCCAGCGAAUCAAGAAUGACUUCCAAAAUCUGCAGCAAGUUUUCCUUCAAGCCAAGAAGGACACCGAUUGGUUGAAGGAGAAAGUGCAGAGCUUGCAGACGUUGGCUGCCAACAACUCUGCCUUGGCCAAAGCCAACAAUGACACCCUGGAGGAUAUGAACAGCCAGCUCAGCUCAUUCACAGGGCAGAUGGACAACAUCACUGCUAUCUCACAGUCCAACGAGCAGAACCUGAAGGAUCUUCAGGACUUACACAAGGAUGCGGAGAAUAGAACAGCCAUCAAGUUCAGCCAGCUGGAGGAACGCUUCCAGCUCUUUGAGACAGAUAUUGUGAAUAUCAUUAGCAACAUCAGCUACACAGCCCACCACCUGCGGACACUGACCAGCAAUCUGAAUGAAGUCAGGACCACUUGCACGGAUACGCUAACUAAACACACGGAUGACCUGACCUCCUUGAAUAAUACACUGGCCAACAUCCGUUUGGAUUCUGUUUCUCUCAGGAUGCAGCAAGAUAUGAUGAGGUCCAGGUUAGACACUGAAGUGGCCAACUUAUCAGUGAUUAUGGAAGAGAUGAAACUGGUGGAUUCCAAGCAUGGUCAACUCAUCAAGAAUUUUACAAUACUACAAGGUCCUCCUGGCCCCAGGGGUCCAAAAGGUGACAGAGGAUCUCAGGGACCUCCUGGUCCAACUGGCAACAAGGGACAGAAAGGAGAGAAGGGGGAGCCUGGUCCACCCGGCCCAGCGGGUGAGAGAGGCCCAAUUGGACCAGCUGGCCCUCCUGGAGAGCGUGGUGGCAAAGGCUCCAAAGGCUCACAGGGUCCCAAAGGCUCCCGUGGAUCCCCUGGGAAGCCUGGCCCUCAGGGGCCCAAUGGGGAUCCUGGGCCUCCAGGCCCACCAGGCAAGGAUGGACUUCCUGGUCCCCAGGGCCCUCCUGGCUUCCAAGGACUGCAGGGCACUGUGGGAGAACCUGGGGUGCCUGGACCACGGGGGCUACCAGGCUUGCCAGGAGUACCAGGCAUGCCAGGACCCAAGGGCCCUCCUGGUCCCCCAGGCCCAUCAGGAGUCGUGGAGCCCCUGGCUCUACAGAAUGAGCCAACUUCAGCACCAGAAGCCAAUGGCUGUCCGCCUCACUGGAAGAACUUCACAGACAAAUGCUACUAUUUUUCGGUGGAGAAAGAAAUUUUUGAAGAUGCAAAACUUUUCUGUGAAGAUAAGUCUUCACAUCUUGUUUUCAUAAACACAAGAGAGGAACAGCAAUGGAUAAAAAAGCAGAUAGCAGGGAGAGACAGCCACUGGAUUGGCCUCACAGAUGCAGAGCAUGAAAAUGAAUGGAAGUGGCUGGACGGGACACCUGCACACUACAAAAAUUGGAAAGCUGGACAGCCAGACAACUGGGGUCAUGGCCAUGGGCCAGGAGAAGACUGUGCUGGGUUGAUUUAUGCUGGGCAGUGGAACGAUUUCCAGUGUGAAGACAUCAAUAAUUUCAUUUGCGAAAAAGACAGGAAGACAGUACUGUCAUCCGCACUGUAACGAACUGAGAUGCAACAUGAGCAAAGUUUCAGACAGCUCUCAAAGGCGAAGACUGUCCUUUCUCUUCAUCACCUUCUCACCAGGUUGGGGCAAAAAAAGCACUGAAAACCAAUUAUUAAAAAAACAAACAAAAUGAAAGCUAGUGUUUGCCAUUUCUCAAGGACUUGGAAAAUAAAAUGUCUUCAGUAUAGUGUUGAUUUUCCAGUGUGCAAUGGACUGAAUUGCAGAUUUUUCUCAUGCAAUAAUCAUAGUUAUGCAAAUUCUACCUUCCAAAGUAUGGAAUACUCCAGAAGACUGUUACUGGUUGUUGAAGAACUUUUAUACACUGUGUAUACAGUACCUUACAUUUCUAAAAUCCCAAGUGUAGGAAAAAUAUGCAGACAUACAGAUAUAUAGAUCAAUUCUUAGUAAUAAUCUGAAAUAUACUUCAAGAGCUUUUAAAACUUUGUAUUUUUGUACAAAAUAUUUGCCUUUUAUAAUUAUUUUCCUUUUUGUCAUUUUACCUUUAUAGUACAUGAAGUCAAAGAAAACAAUGGUACUAAUAAAAUCUCAUAGGGUUUCUCAUCAGAUUUACUUCUA